GGGCCUCACUCAGAUACCGUCAGCUUCGUUCCCGUCUGGCAAUCAACUCCAGGCUGUACCCAGCUGUCUUCCACCCCUACCCUAUCCCCCUCUUCCCCGUCUACCCCUGGGUUUUUUGGCAACUAAUCCCAAAAAUUUUUCCCAUUAAUCCCCUCCCUGUCCAAGCUCUCUUACUAUAGAAAUAGAGAGAAAUUGUGUCAAAUAAAGGAAAAAGAAAAUUCAGAGAGUGGAAGGGAUAACAACAAACUCAGGAGUGAAAGAAAAAGAAGACGAUGAAUAGAGUGUUUGGCGUACCACCAUUUCCAGUUUACCGAAACGCAUUCCUUUCACGUUUUCCCAUGUAACCUCCAUUCACAUCUCACAUUUUUUUAGCUUAAACCCUUCACUUUCUUCAUUGCUAUAGACAAAGAGUGUAGGUUUUUCUCGAGAAGGAAGGGGCAAGUGAAACUGAAAAUGGACCCUUGCCCUUUCGUACGAAUUACCGUAGGUAAUCUAGCGUUGAAAAUUCCGGUUGCGUCCAAACCGGCGCGUUCAGUUGUUCACCCUUCUUCGUCGCCGUGUUUUUGUAAGAUUAAGCUCAAGAACUUCCCUUUGCAAACCGCCGUCGUUCCCUACAUUCCGCCUGAGAAUCAGUUCCCUGACAACCAGCUCCAAACCCUAGCCGCCACUUUCCACCUCAGCAAAGCUGAUAUCGACAAACUCGCCGCGAAAUCGAUCUUUUCCGCCAAGCUUUGCCUCAAGAUCGCUAUCUACACUGGCAGGAGGGGCACCACUUGCGGGGUUAACUCGGGGCGUCUGUUAGGGAAAGUGUCUGUACCGUUGGAUCUGGCGGGAACUGAAUCUAGGGCUUGCGUUUUCCACAGUGGCUGGAUUUCGGUUGGAAAAGAAGCUAAUAAAGGUUCCUCUGCUCGGUUUCACUUGAAUGUUAAAGCGGAACCCGACCCGAGAUUCGUUUUCCAGUUCGACGGCGAACCCGAAUGUAGUCCUCAAGUGUUUCAGAUCAGAGGAAAUAUCAGGCAACCCGUUUUCACUUGCAAGUUCAGUUUUAGAAGUACCGGUGACCGGAAUCAAAGAUCCAGGUCGUUACAGUCAGAGCCAAGUAGCUCUCGGGGUUGGUUAAGCUCAUUCGGAAGUGAAAGGGAAAGGCCAGGAAAAGAACGGAAAGGAUGGUCAAUAACGGUCCACGACUUAUCCGGCUCACCUGUAGCCGCCGCUUCAAUGGUUACUCCUUUCGUGGCCUCACCAGGUUCGGACCGAGUGAGCCGUUCUAAUCCCGGCUCAUGGCUGAUUCUCCGUCCAGGGGAUGGCACCUGGAAACCCUGGGGCCGUCUCGAGGCUUGGCGCGAACGUGGCUCUUCUGAUGGACUUGGUUACCGUUUUGAACUCAUUCCUGAUAUGAGCGCCGCGGCUAUUGUUUUAGCCGAAUCGACUUUGAGUUCAGGUAAGGGAGGGAAGUUUGUAAUUGAUCUAGGAGGCGGCGGCGGCGGCACAAACGGGCGGGCGACGCCGGGGAGUGCGGCGUCGCCGGCAUGUAGUCCGAGAACUAGCGGGGAUUUCGGGUACGGAUUGUGGCCGUUUUGCGUGUAUAGAGGGUUUGUAAUGUCGGCUCGCGUGGAAGGGGAAGGCAAGUGUAGCAAGCCUUGCGUGGAGGUUAGUGUACAGCACGUGAACUGUACGGAGGAUGCAGCUGCUUUCGUGGCUUUAGCCGCUGCCGUUGAUCUGAGUAUUGAUGCUUGCCGGCUUUUCUCGCAACGGUUAAGAAAAGAGCUUUGCAAUCACCAGGAUUUACUUGGCUGAUUCGGAUUAUCCCCCUCCUCGUUUUUUGUCGUCUUUCGUGGAUUUUCUUUUUGCCUUAUUUUCCUGAGUGGAUGGGUUUUAGGUUCCAUCGUGGAAAGCGAGAGGUUUUCAUUUUACCGCUACGUUUUUUACCACUAACAAACAAAUCUUUAAAUCUCUGUACAGUGAUGAGAAGGGGAGAUCAUCAGAUUAGACAGGCACGCUUCGUUUUACCCGUGUGGCUUGUGUUAAUUUCUUUUUUGCUUCUUUUAUGAGAAAAAAAAGAAGAAGGGUUGUUUCCUUUAUUUUUUUAAUGAGAUAUUGUUGUCAAGCUGACUUCGUCAUAGUCUUUUUAAUAGUACUAUUACUAUUUCCUAUUUGAAUUAGAAUGUACGGAUUGAUGAGCUGUAAUGCUAUGGUUUGUCAAUUUUUAGUUUGCAA